ACGGAAUCUUUAGUUUGUGAAAUCAGUGAACAAUAAAAUAAAACGUUAACGCACAUAGUUGUACUUAGUCGCAAAAAUUCAUUAGCUGAUUCGAAAAAAGUUCACGCACCUCUAAGACUGAUACAUUUCUUCCACUAUCACCGAUAUAUCCAUACAGUGAUUUCUAUCGGAAACGUGUCACUGCAUCAAAUUUCGUUUUCAAAGAACGUAGUAGUUUGUCUAGAAAUUCGUAAUCUAGUUGUCAACCGUUGCAGUUCAUCAACUAUUGAUCAAAAAUCGCUGAACUGAUCUUACCAUAAGAAAACGAAGAACGAGAAGGAGAGAAACGAUGGAGAUUCUUGGGAUAAAGUUCGCGCCGCUCAACGUUCCAUUGAAGCGAAGAUUGGAAACGCUUGCAGUUGGAGCGUACUUCUCAAUUUUAUUUUUUAUAAUCCUCACAGGAUAUUUCGGAAAAUAUGUUAUCGCAAUAUAUUGCAUCAUUUAUACGAAGAUUCUGCGCUACAUCGUGUUACUCUACGUCAUCUGGAUGUACUAUGACAAUGACACGCACGACGUCACUGGUAAAAGGGCACAAUUCAAACAGUGGUUUAGAACGUGUGCAAUGAACCGGUACAUCUGCAGCUACUUUCCUAUAAAACUAGUGAAAACCACCGAUCUGGACCCGAACAAAUCGUAUUUAUUUUGCAAUUUUCCACAUGGGAUAGUAUCUACAGGAGUUUGCGUUGCCUUCGGUACAGAUGCCGCCGGUUAUAGUGAAAUAUUCCCGGGUAUCGAAAUACGUGUAGUCAUAUUGGAUCGACAUUUCAAGACACCGAUGUUCAGAGAGUACUGUCGCAUCACUUGUACGUACCAUUUGGAAAUUGUUGUCCAAUCAUCCUGUAAAAAAUAUAUUCAUACACAUGUAUACUAUAACACUAUAAUUAUUAAUUGUUAUUUGCUUUAUUAAUAUGUAGAAUUGAUGCUUUGAAUACGGUUUUGCUCAUA